AUGUGGAUCCCUGAAUCGAAUAAUAGGAACUGCACCGUUAGCGAGGACCACAUCAAGACUGCCUUUAAGGUGGCAAACUGCUUGAUCCUGUCCGCCACCUCCCUUGUGGGUGUGGCGGCCAACGUCUUUGUCAUCCUGGCCGUGUACAACCAGAAGUCCCUGCAGACGUGGAACAAUGCCCUGGUGGUCAACCUGGCGGCCAUCGACAUUCUGAGAUGUGCAUCCGAUUGUCCCGUGCUCUUGACCAUAGUGCUGCACACUCACGGGCGAGGCGGCACUCACCGGUUGAUCUGUGAUGCCCAGGUGGCCUCCUUCUCCUUCUGCUGCUGCGUCCAGCUCUUGACACUGGCUUGCAUCAGUGCCGAGAGGUAUCAGGCAAUUGCUCAACCCUUUAAAACCGCUGAGAGAAAGAAACGGAUAGUGUUCUUGAUCCUCCUCAUGUGGACUCUAGCCACGCUGGUGGCUGCCAUUUGUUUGAUCUUCGUGAAGGACUCACCUGUGCAUGCGAGGUGCAAAGGGUCAGCACAGGGAGAAGCGUCUUCUUACGACACCUUUGGGAUUUACAUUUUGUUCCCACUGUGGGCGGCUUGCUUUGGCGUCAUCAUCGGGUUCUACGCUCGCAUCUUUGCCCUGGUUAGGGCACACAAUCGUAAAAUAUUUGACAAAGGCGUCUUCCCUGUUGUGAAUAAUGAGGAGAGAGGACAUGGAGAGCCAAGCCAGCACCAAAACAAGCCAAAUUCCACGCCAACAAACGCUCCAAUGCAUGUCUCAAUCAGGCGGGGAAACAAGGGAGGGUUAAAAGCCGCAGAGUCAGGAGCAGAACCUCAUCCUCCCCAGGUGCCGCUGCCUCAAAAAGCUGUUAAAGCCCAGGGCUUAAAGCUGGGUGUUGUGGAGGCUGCAGGAGCAGAACCAUCUAAUGGAGACGUGGCGGCCAGUGUUAAGAGCUCAAUCACUAAGCCCAAUAAGCUGCCAGGCAAUUGCGGCUCUGAGAAGCAAUCCUGCCAGAGGAUGACAGUUGACAGAGUACCUUGGGAAGUGAAAGCAACAAGCCUUCAUGUCUGCACCUCGCUGCAUUCGCCCAAAGCUCCUCCAUCCAAAGCUCCUCUCGGCCUGAUUGAGGGCAGCAAUGUCGUCUGUGGCGAAUCACUGGUCGCAGUGGAGCAAGCCUCCCUGCCACCUACGGACUCAAACAACAGCCCAGAAGCAGCCAGAAUAGAAGGAGCCGUUUGCAUGAUGCCAUCCAAGGCCAACAAGGAGAGAGCCAACAAGAGGAAGGAAAGCAAGAUGGCUAAACGAGCAGGUUACAUCAUCCUGACCUUCCUCUUGUUCUGGCUGCCUUUAAUCACAACCAUCCUCAUCAACUUUAUUGUUCACAACAACUACAACACACAGGAUGCAACAGUGCAGGAAGUGGAGCUCCUGUCAGUGUCCAUCGCAUGCAUCACGUCACUCAGCAACCCAAUAACAUACGCCGCAGUCAACCCUCAGUUCAGCACAGAGUUUUAUCGCCUCAAAAACAAGCUCAGAUCCACGCUAGUCUGCCGUUGA